AAAAAGGUAGGUCUGUAAACGAAAACGUCACAAAGACAAGAAACAAAAACACCCCACUCUUUGGGAUUUGAAAUCCGCUUUGGUGAUUAUUAUAAUGAGAAGACAGGAAGGAGAUUUAUCGAAACAACUACAACCCUGGUGUGACUGACGGGCAGCUCUCGUCACCGCCCACCUCUGCUGUCGGCUACAGCUUUGUGAGGCAGAAAACUUCCUGAAUGAGACACAAAACUACAACAAGAGGGGCAUCUAUUUCUAUCUAUUUCUUCUUCUUCCUCUUCAGGUCCUUUUCUGCUCGCUUCUGUCAGUCUCUGUGAAUGAUUGAGUGCAGUGAAACUGGCAUCAGUGGACAGGCACACACGGAAAGGGUCCUCGAUUGGUCAAAGAUGACCAUGGAAGACAUGAAGAAUGAAGCUGACGUUGCCUCAACAGUCUCUAUGGCUCUCUACAGCGUGAUGUAUCCCGUCUUUAUCCAGUUGGAGAAAGUCAACUUAUCGGCUGCGCAGACACUGAGAGCGGCUUUCAUAAAGGCAGAGAAGGAGAACCCAGGUCUCACCCAAGAAAUUAUCAUGAAAAUACUGGAGAAGAACAAUUUGAAAGUCAACUAUAGCGAAUCUCUACUUCGCAUGGCUGCAGAUGAUGUGGAAGAGUUUGUGAUUGACAGGCAAGAGCCAGAGUUCCAGGAGCUGAACGAGAGGGCCCGAGCUCUGAAACACAUCCUCAGCACCAUACCACAUGAGAUCAAUGACAGAGUAGGCUUCCUACAGACCAUCAAAGACAUUGCCAGUGCCAUCAAGGAGCUGCUAGACACAGUUAAUACUGUCUUCAGGAAAUAUCAUUAUCAGAACAGACUGGCACUGGAAAAGCAGAAGAAAGAGUUUGUGAAAUACUCCAAGAGCUUCAGUGACACUCUCAAAACCUACUUCAAAGAUGGAAAAGUGAUAAACGUGUUUGUCAGCGCCAAUCAGCUCACCCACCAAACCAACAUGAUCCUGCAGGCCUUCAAGACUGUGGUGUAGCAGCAGCAGCCUGAGAAGACACACAUACACACACACACAUACACACGCAGACAGACCUUUUCAUUAGAGAGUAGGUGAUAUGAGGCUUUGUAAUUUGUAAUUUUAUUAUUUUUUGCUGUAUAAUUUAUAAUUCUGUGGCUUUGAGGGGAGAUCAGGUAGUUUGAGGUUCAAAGCAAAUCAGACUGACAGUAAUUGCCAGGGAUUUUUAACUCUCUUUUAUGUUGUUCUUUUAUGAGAUUCCUACAUCGAUAUUUCUUCAUGCCUUUAUAUAUUUCCCUCUCUGUUCAGGAGUGUGUAGUCCUGAAAAAGUUUAUGACAAAUGUGAUUAUUUCCCAUGUCCUUAAAAGUUUGGUGAUUGCACAAGUCUAAAAGAAAAAAAAAGGUACAGAGAAGUACCAUUCAGUUUCCAGAUACAUUCCCACAUUUUUGGACUCUCAGUUUAUUGCCAUUUUUCUAUUGUAAAACUUAAUCUUGAUCUACAUGGUGGUAUCACACUCUUGGCAUUAAUACCCUGUCGCUAUCGGCAUGCAUCACAUUCAACUUAAAUCAGAUACGUGCAAAUCCUGUCAAAAAAUCAAAGUCUGGGGAAAAACGCUUAAGAAUUUGAAAUGAGGAUUGUGUUCACUGUGAGCUUUCUUUGUCCUGUAUUGUUGUGGUCUACUGCUUCACCUAGUGCAUCAUAAACCACAACCACAAUGAGCUAUAACUCA